GCCACUUGAACAUACUGAAAGGGAAUUGAGAUCGCUGUUCACUUGCUAAUUAUAGCUGCAAAUGAUUGAAGCAUCAGAUGGACGUUAUGGAAGAGGCUAUGCGAUUACAGUUGACAGUUGAGCUGUGUUUGACCCUGCUACCACCACCACCACCACGCAUACGAGGGGACUCGAGAGGCCGAAGGACAUGGCUAGGGUGCGCACGACUCGUACGGGACCAAGAGCCUUUGCCUCCACCGUGACCGAGUGCCAGCCUCCGCCCCCCAUACUCCCCCUUGAACUCCACUUCCAGAUCAUCGACAUCUUCGCCUCCGACAAAGAUGCACUAAAAGCGCUCUCCAAGACGUGCCGCGCCUGGGCGGGCCACUGCCGCUCGCUGCUCUUCUCCCACACCGUGCUCCGGCCCUCGACUCUCCCGCGCUUCGCACACAGGACACACUCGCUCGGCGCGCACAUCCGCAGCAUCACGCUGCUCGAAACGCGCGCCCGGCCGCGCGGCGACCUCCUCCUCCUCGCGCUGGGCAGCGCCGGCGCCGGCGCCCAGCUGCCGAACCUCCGCAGCCUCACCAUCGCGCACAUGCAGUUUGGCGCGGGCGAGGCGGGCGAGACGCAGGCGGCGGCGGCGCCCUACGCGCGCGUGGCGCACCUCGCGCUGCGCUUCUGCGAGUUCGGCGACACCGAGGCGAUGUGCGCGCUGCUGGCGCACUUCACGGCGCUGGACACGCUGGAGGUGCUGCAGUGCCGCACGCGCCGGACGGUCGUGCGGAGCAUGGCCUCGCCGCCGGUGCGGAUUCCCGAGUGGGACCUGCGUUUCCUUGCGAUCGAUGCGUCCAGGGCGGAGUGGCUGGCCCGGGGGCAGGCGAGGUUUGGCGUCGCGCAUCUCAGGAUCACGGCACUCGGAGACGACUCGUCCGUUCUGAACACGUUUCUGAAGGACCUGGGGGCGGGGCUGCACACGCUGGAGGUCUGCCCAACGUAUCGCAACCCACGCGCUCCGCAUCCUCCCGCGCACCGUGAUGUGCCGCUCGACAUCCGGCCGUGCGCCGGCCUCACGCAGCUCAUCUUCAGCGAACGCGCGACGCAAGACCUCCCGCGCAGCGUCCUUCCGAGCCUGCGCCAAGCGAACAGCCCGCACCUCACGGCAGUAGAGCUGCACAUCUCGCUCACGUCGAUGCGGCAUCCGGCGCUUCGGGACACCCCCUUGUCGGAAGUCGACGCCCGGCUGCGCAGCUUCGCGCAGGUGCGCCUGGUCGUGCACGACGACGCGAGCGAGGAUCGCGGCUGCGCGCUGUAUGACGAGGCUGUCGUGGCGCUGAGACAGAAGUUGCCGGCGCUGAAUGCUGCCGGCGUGCUCGGCUUCGUGCACCAGAGGGAGGGGGGCGACGUUUCGCGCAUAGAGUGGCCGGUGGACACGCCUGCAAUCCCGUCGACGGCUCGCCUUACGACGCCGCAUGGUAUAGCGAGGAUGGCGCAUCGAGUCCGGCAAUCUCCCUACUACGUUUUUGACUUUCGCCCAACCAUGACCGCACGUGCAGAGUCUCUGAGCUGGACGCCGCCGCGCUCCGAGUGGCGCUCGAGACGGGGCAAGACGCGCACUGUGCCGAUGAAGGUGCUCGUUCUGGGGUAUCCGAGGACGGGAACAUCCUCUAUGCGCCAGGCGCUGCAGAUUCUGGGCUACGACGAGGUGUAUCAUAUGGAGUCGGUGUUGGCCAACCCACACGACGCGGAUCUCUGGGUGGAAGCGUACCACACGAAGUACGUCAAGGGGGAGCUCGUGAAGCGGGAAAAAUGGGACGAGAUUCUGGGACACUGCGAGGCAGCCACCGACGCACCACCCAUGAUGUACGCCGAAGACCUCAUCGCCGCCUACCCCGAAGCCAAAGUCAUCCUCACGCUCCGCGACCCCGCCAAGUGGUGGAAGUCCUUCUCCUCCACGAUCGGGCGCGUCCCGCACAACCCCGCAUUCGCGCUCGCCAUGGCGCUCGACGUCUCCGGGCUCGCGCACUUCAAGCCGCUUGCGCAGGGGAUGCACCUGCAGCUCAACGGGCCGGAUCCGACCGCCGAGCAGGCGCAGGCGCGCUUCGUCGCGCACUACGACAGGGUCCGCGCGCUGGUGCCGAAGGACCGGCUGCUCGAGUUCGACGCGAAGCAGGGGUGGCAGACGCUGUGCCCGUUCCUAGGUGUUCCGAUCCCGGAUCAGGGCGAGUACCCGUAUUCGAAUGACAGCGCGGUGUUCAAUGAACGGGCGACGGCGACCGCCCGGGCCGCCCUCCGCCGCGUAGCGGGAGAGAUGGUGGCUCCGGUGUUGGGGUUGUUGGCAGUGGGCCUGGCUGUGUAUUUCCGAUUCGCAAGCGUUUAGGUUCCAGGAUUCGUUCUGUGUUGACGAAUGCACGCUGCGAAGCAGCAGCAGGCAAAGUACCUUGGUGGACAACGGAUCAGAAUGUCUGUCACUUGGAGUUUUAAAUUUG